AUGACACCAGAAAUAGAAGGUAAUUGGGAUAUUGUUAUAACGUCAUUACAAGAUAUAUGUAAUUCUAAUGAAUCAUUAACAUUUGAUAACAUCUAUAAUGAUCUCAAGAAAUAUUCAUCACAAGAAUUAUCCAAAUUAUCAACAGAUGAUUUAAGCAAACUUCAAGAAGAAAUAAUUGAUCAUAAAUCAAAUAUAGGUACAGCUAAAAGGUUAAUCAACACAUCUACAGAAAAUCUUACGAAAUUAAUUGAAAUUAUAACCAAAGAGAAUAAACUUAAACAAGCACAACAACAACAACAGCAAGCACAAGCACAAGCUCAAGCUCAAGCUCAAGCUCAAAAACAACUUGGUCAAAAUCAAACAACACCAUCUAAAACUAAAAAGAAACCAGGUAAAUCAACUACACAAGCUACUAAAAAAAUUGAAAAAAGAGGUAGUAGUAAAACAAAACAAACUAAAAAAAUUGGACGUUCAUUUUGGACAUCUAAAUUUAAUCCACUGGAUCCAAUAUUUAUUGGACUGGAAGUUGCUUAUAAAUUAAAAAAUCGUCAUUCUGAAGAAUGGAUUCAAUGUGUUGUUGUUAAAAUUAUAGGGGAUGGGAUAAAAUUUGAAAUUAAGGAUCCUGAACCUGAUGAAAAUAAUAAUCCUGGUCAAGUAUUUAAGGCUACUUAUAAAGAAAUCUUAUUGAUUCCACCAAAGGGAACUGAUUUAAUCAAUUAUAAUUAUGGAUGUAAAGUAUUGGCAAGAUAUCCUGAUACUUCUACAUUUUAUCCUGCUAUAGUUGUGGGGCAUAAGAAAGAUGGUAAUGUAAGGUUGAAAUUCGAUGGAGAAGAAGAAGUCAAUAAAGAAACUGAAGUGGAAAGAAGAUUGGUCUUGCCAAUACCUGAAAAGUGA